GAAUUUUGUCACGUGAUCUAACAAACCGCCAUAUUGGCUAAAAUCAAAUUGCAACUGUGGACGUUUUCUGUUAUUCGUCGAUUUUAAAAGCCAAUAUCGACGAUUUCUGAAGCGAAUUAUUUAUUAACUGUUAUAAGCCUUCUUUUUGUUAGAACUUUACAGUUUUUAAAAUAGCGCUUCUCAGAAACUUCUGUGAACGAUACUCAGUAGGAAAACAUGUCAAAAGUUAUACCCGUUAAAGUUGCUCUUCGUUGUCGUCCUCUAGGACAAAAGGAAAUUUUAGAAGGCUGUGCUAAUUGUAUAGAUUUUGCAUGCGAUGAACCUCAGGUCAUUUUGGGAGGGCAUAAAAGUUUCACAUAUGAUUAUGCUUUUCCUGCUCAUAUGGGUCAAGAUACAAUCUAUCAAGAAGCAGUUGCUCCUCUCGUCGAAGGCAUAUUUGAUGGAUAUAAUGCUACCGUUUUGGCAUACGGUCAAACAGGUAGCGGCAAAACUCACACUAUGAGUGGAUCUGAUCAUUCACCAGUAGAAGAAAAUAAAGAGGGAGUUAUUCAAAAAGUUAUUUAUGAUUUAUUUGAAGGUUUUCGAGAGAGAACGGACUUCAAUUAUACUACAAAAGUGACAUAUCUCGAAUUAUACAACGAGAAUUUUAGAGAUUUAUUGGUCAAUAGCGAUGAUCAACGUGAAACGAUACAAGUCAGAGAAGAUCCUAGAGGAGGAAUUAUGGCAACAGGACUUCAUGAGAUGGUAGUAACAACAGCGGAAGAAACAUUAGCUUCUUUCAAAGUUGGCGUAGGCCAUCGUUCAACAGGAGCUACAGCUAUGAAUUUAACUUCUAGUAGGAGUCACGCGGUUUUUACUAUUUAUAUAUCGAGGACGAGAGCGGACGAUGUAGAUGAUAUUUGUCAUGCAAAAUUUCAUUUGGUCGAUUUGGCAGGAUCAGAAAGACAAAAAAAGACAAGAGCCGAAGGAGAAAGAUUAAAAGAGGGAAUAAAUAUAAACAUGGGUCUUCAUAUUCUUGGUAAUGUUAUUGCCGCUUUAUCUGGAGAAAAUGGUAAGAAAGCUCGAUACGUUCCAUACAGAGAUUCUAAACUUACAAGGCUUUUGCAGGACUCGUUAGGAGGUAAUUCUCAGACUCUUAUGAUAGCAUGUAUCAGUCCGGCUGAUUCGAACUAUGAUGAGACUCAUUCUACGUUACAAUACGCUGAUAGAGCAAGGAAAAUAACAAAUAAAGCUAAAGUCAAUCGGGAUCCGAUUCAAGCGGAAUUAUUUAGAUUAAGACAAUUACUACAAGAAAAAGAGAGACAGUUGGCACUUUGUACUUGUGGCGCUGCGUCAACAACUGCUGUUGUUCAUGAAAGUUCAACGGGAAUUACUCCCGCUGUUUCCAAAAAGAUAGAAAAAUUAGAGGGAGAACGAGACAAUUUACUAAAUGAACUUACACAAGCUACAGAGAUUUCAGCAACCCUACAGGAAAAAGUCAUUCAAUACGAAAUGGUUUUAGAACAUUAUCAAUCCAAAAUAGGUCACUUAAAGGAGAGGACAAGUCGUUCAAUUGGAACCAUAAAGCCUGAAGUCAUUUCCGAAAAAGAAGAGGCCAUAUCAUCUACAACAACAGAAAUUGAAGAAACAACGGAAAAUCGAUCAAAUCACACUUUUCUUCAUUCACUUGUUCAAGAUUUGGAUGAAUUGACAAAUAUUGACCCAGAAAAAUUACGAGAUACUCAAUCUCAUACUCCAGAAACUAGUGAUGAUGAGGAAGAUCAUGACCAAGAUAAAAAGGAUUUAACGUGCACAGCCUUUACUUUACGCAGAGCAAGAAUGAACAAAGAUAUUGAAGAAUUAACAGGAAAAUUGGCAGCAAAACAAAAACUAAUCAAAGAUAUGACAGAAAAUGGAAAUAAGAUUAGCGAACUAAAAGAACAUUAUGAGCACGAAAUCAAGAGACUCGAAAAUGAAUUAGAUCAGCAGAAGAAGAAAUUGGACGAAGUUAAAUAUGCAGAAAAGAAUUCAAAGGUUGCUGAGACGCAUCGCAAGCGUUGCAAGGAAUUAGAACAAAAGAUUGGAGAUCUACGGAAGAAAAUGGCUGACAAAGAUAGGCUAUUAAAAAUGACAAAGGCUCGACAAGAAGAAAUUAAUAAGAUUCAAAGCGAAAUGAUAUCCUUGAAAAGAACCAGAGUAAGAUUAUUGAAGCAGAUGAAAGAAGAAUCUACUGAGUAUCAGCGAAUGAUGCAAAUGAAAGAUAAAGAGAUUAUGCAGUUUAAGGCGCAGCAACGAAAGAGAGCCGCUGAAAUGGCUAAGGAAUCGAAAGUGAAAGAUAAAAGAUUAGCCGUUCUUAAACGAAAAGCUGAAGAAUAUCAAGCUGUCAAUAAAAGACUACAGGAAGCAAUGGAAAAACAAAAGCAAGCAUUGGAUGAAAGGAAUAACCAUCAAGCUAAAGCAGAUGCUGGUGGCAUAGGUCAAAGAACAAGAAAAUACAUAAAAAGAGAAUUUCAAUUAAUAUUGAGUAUUGAAGAAGCUCGAGAAGCUCUAAGUCAAGAAAUGCGUGAACGAAAACAUUUGAAUGAGGAGCUAACUAAACUAAAAUCUAGAUUAGAUCCAUCAGGUCCUCCUCUCAAGCGCCAAAUGUUGACAAUGUAUAAACAAAAAGAUUCGUCAAAUCUAGAGUUAAGGGAGAAGAUAAAGCAAAUGGAAAAUGAAGUUAUGACAAAGAAUGCUUUUAUUCAAGAGCUUCAAAGGAAAAUAUCUGAUGCUGAAAAAUCUGGUGACAAAAUGAACAAAUGGGAUGGAAUUAAGAGUAUCGUCGAAGCAAAGUGCGCAUUGCGCUGGUUUGCAGAUACGGCUCUUAGCACAAAAAUAGACUUAAAAAAAAAAACAAAAUUAUUAGAAGAAGCCAGAAAGGAAAUUGAAAGCAACUUUUCAGAAAUACAAGAACUAAAAGAUUUACACCAGAAAGAUAUGGAACGAUUGAGGAGAGAUAAUGAGAACAAUGUCCUGGCUUGCCUUCAACUAGGUACAUGUAGUGUCGAAACACAAACCAAGGACAAAAGUUACGAACAUAGACUUUCCGCUCAUGAGGAAAAACUUCGUCAGCUUUCCAGCGUUUACGAGGAAUUGGAUGCCCUAAGGGAAGAAAAUGAAAAAUAUCGUCAGAGAAUAGAAGGCCAAUACAUAAAGAUGGAAACUGACGGUCAGUCUGAGGCAGCGUUAAAUUCAACUUUUUCAAUUGAUACAAUUAAUAUGGAGGAGAAGCAAAUAACCGAAUGUGACAGGCACAAUACAACCUUCUGUCACCCUGUAUCACCUUCAAAAAAGGCUGUGAAAAGAAGUUCAUCAACUGAUAGUGAUGGAACUUUGGAUAAUUAUACAUGCCUUGAAAGUGAUGAGGAAAAUCGCGUUCCAUCACCAGCAAAAUCAACUGAUCCUAAUUGGACCCCAGUAUCACAAGGAAAUCUUAAAAGGCGUCUGACCGUUUCGCGGGAAAAACCACAAAACAAUAAUAUUUCCAACCCUGUGGCGAUUUGUAAGUGUAAAACGUCUUGCACAAAAAAUUGCGGUUGUAAAAAGAAUAACGUGGCUUGUACGGAGAGAUGUAAAUGCUCUACCUUUUGUCUAAAUAAGGAAACUUCUCGGAACAUCGAAGAAGAAAAACUAUAUGAUGAAAAUUAUGCAUCGCCUGGAGGUCUCAUGUCCGGCAAGCGGAAAACUGUGAAUCAGUCCUUCUUUCCAGCGAUUCCCACUUAA